GCCUACUUACUCCUCACCCAAGGUGGAAACGCCUCCCCUUCUGCAAGCGAUGUCAAAGAGCUCCUCGGAACCGUCGGCAUUGAUGCCGAAGAGGAACGAUUGUCCAAGCUCAUCUCCGAGCUCAAUGGCAAGUCCCUCGCCGAUUUGAUUGCCGAAGGAUCCGCCAAACUUGCUUCAGUUCCAUCUGGUGGUGGUGGUGGCGGUGCCGCUGCCCCAGCUGCCGGUGGUGCUGCCGCCGCUGAGGCACCCAAAGAGGAGGCCAAGAAGGCAGAGGAGAAAGAGGAGUCAGAUGAUGACAUGGGCUUUGGUCUCUUUGAU